GAGUCAGUCAUUAUUUUUUCGAAUUGGACGAAAGGAGUUGAAUUCGUCUUUUCAUGAUUUAAAUUACAAUAACCAUGGCUAAUACAGGCUUAUUGCCAUUUGUACGUGGUGUAGACUUCACAUGUAAUGAUUUCAGCGAUGAAAAAUUCCCAGAUGCUAUUCGAUAUAUGACAGGGCUUCAGUGGUUGAGGCUAGACAAAACAAAUUUGACUGAAGUGCCAGAGGAAUUAGGAAAACUUAUGAAAUUGGAGAAUCUCUCACUUAAGAAUAAUAAUCUGGAAAAGUUAUUUGGUGAGCUGACAGAGUUGAAAUGUUUGAGAUCUCUCAAUGUGAGGAGAAACAGAGUGAAAAGUUCGGGAAUUCCCGCGGAACUGUUCCGUUUGGAGGAGUUGACUACACUGGACUUGUCCCACAACAGACUGAAGGCUGUACCUGAAGGCCUAGACAAAGCUAAAUCAUUACUUGUACUGAAUCUCAGCCAUAAUAAGAUUGAAAGCAUACCGCCUACACUUUUCGUCCAACUGACAGACCUAUUAUUUCUGGACCUAUCUGAUAAUUUAUUGGAAACUCUGCCACCUCAGACGAGGAGGCUGGCGAACCUGCAGACUCUGAUACUUAACGACAACCCACUGGGGCUCUUCCAACUACGGCAACUCCCUUCCCUCCAGAGCCUGGAGACCCUACAUAUGCGAAACACGCAGCGCACACUAGCCAAUCUUCCUACUUCGUUGGACACACUAUCAAACCUCUCUGACGUGGAUCUCUCCAAAAACGCCCUUACGAAGGUGCCCGACGCGCUGUACUCGCUGCUCGGACUGAAAAGGCUUAAUCUUAGCGACAAUGAAAUCACUGAGGUGUCACAAGCCAUCGACAACUGGCAGAAGCUAGAAAGCCUGAACCUCUCCCGCAACAAACUGACGAGCCUGCCGCCUACUCUGUGCAAACUGCUUAACCUGAAGCGACUACAUGUGGAUGACAACCAGCUGGACUUUGAGGGCAUACCGUCGGGGAUAGGCAAACUGUGUAGUAUGGAAGUGUUUUCCGCCGCUAACAACCUGUUGGAAAUGAUUCCUGAAGGAUUAUGUAGAUGCGGGUCCCUCAAGAAACUAAACCUCAGUUGCAACAAGCUCAUCACGCUCCCCGACGCCAUCCACCUCCUCAGCGACCUGGAAAGCCUCCAGCUCCACGGGAACCCGGACCUGGUCAUGCCACCUAAGCCUGUCGAGCGAGUCCGCGGCGCCGGCUUAGCUUAUUACAAUAUAGACUUUUCACUGCAAGCCCAGUUGCAGCUGGCCGGGGCCGCUACGUCGGAGCCUGUCACACCUAGUAGUGUAAAAUCAGACCCGAUCGCGCGCAAGCUGCGUUUGCGUCGCGGCCGCACCGAGGCCACGGGGGGAGAACGAGAGUCCGCUAUGAUACUCCGUGGCAUGCAGGAGCAGGCUAACACGCAAGCCAAUGUCGAGUUACCUCCCAACAGCGAGCUCAAGCCUAAACGCUGGGACGAGAGCUUAGAGAAGCCGCCGCUGGACUACUCGGAGUUCUUCGACGAAGAUACGGGACAGACGCCCGGCCUGCAAGUGUGGGAGAUCGAGAACUUCAUACCCGCGCCCGUGGAAGAGGUGGCGCAAGGCAAGUUCUUCGAGGGCGAGUGCUACAUCAUUCUGAAGACUUCGCUGGAGGAGCAAGGGCAGCUCACCUGGGAUAUUCAUUUUUGGAUUGGAUCUAAAGCCACGUUGGACAAAGGCGCAUGCGCCGCCAUGCACGCCGUGAACCUGCGCAACCUGCUCGGCGCGCGGCGCACGCAGCGCCACGAGCAGGGCGACGAGUCCGAGGAGUUCCUCGCCCUGCUCCCCGCGCCGCCCGUCUACAUCCAGGGCGCGCACACCGCCUCCGGCUUCUUCACCGUGGACGAGCCGCGCUACGUGACCCGUCUAUACCGAGUGCACGCGCACGGCAGCGGCGUCCACUUGGUCCCCGUCGAAGUGUCCGCCGCCUCGCUCGAUCCACGCCACGUGUUCAUCCUGGACACCGGUCUCAUUAUAUACCUGUGGUACGGUAAAAAAGCGAAGAACACGCUUAAGUCCAAGGCGCGCCUGUUCGCAGAGAAGAUCAACAAAGAAGAGAGGAAGAACAAGGCCGAACUAAUAGCUGAACCACCGGGCAAGGAACCUAAAUCUUUCUGGCAGACUUUAGGAUAUGAGGGCGACGCAUUUGUACCGGAGGAGCAUGUGCCAGCAGACUUCAGCUGGCUCCCACCUCGCCUAUACCGCGUAGAGCUCGGUAUGGGCUAUUUGGAGCUACCGCAACCCGAGGCAGCUCCACUAGCGCGAGGCGUUCUAGCUACACGCAACGUGUACAUAUUGGAUGCACAUCGUGACGUGUUCGUGUGGUUCGGUAAGAAGUCUUCCCGGUUAGUGCGUGCGGCCGCUGUCAAGCUAGCGCAGGAGUUAUUUAACAUGGUGGAGCGUGUUGAGUAUGCUCUCGUUACGCGCCUACAAGAAGGCACCGAGACCCAGAUAUUCAAGACGUAUUUCUUGGGCUGGGAGGAGGUGAUCGCCGUGGACUUCACGCGCACGGCCGAGUCGGUGGCGCGCACCGGCGCCGACCUCGCCAGCUGGGCCAAGCGGCAAGAAACCAAAGCGGACCUGUCAGCGCUAUUCACACCGCGUCAACCAUCAAUGCCAGCGACAGAAGCCAAAACGCUCGCCGACGAAUGGAACGAAGACUUAGAGGCCAUGGAGGCGUUCGUACUCGAGGGACGCCACUUCGUGCGCUUACCGGACUCGGAGCUAGGCGUGUUCUACUCGCAGGACUGCUACGUGUUCCUGUGCCGGUACAUCCUGCCUGCGCCGGAAGACGAAAGCGAGAGCUCCAACGGUGACGAAGAAGGAGACGCGGACGCGGUCACGUGGGUGGUGUACUUCUGGCAGGGCCGGCGCGCUCCCAACAUGGGCUGGCUGACGUUCACGUUCGGGCUCGAGCGCAAGUUCAAGCAGCUCUGCAAGCGGCUGGAGGUCGUGCGGACGCACCAGCAGCAGGAGAGCCUCAAGUUCAUGUCGCACUUCCACCGCCGGUUCAUCAUACGGGACGGCAAGAGGAAUCAGCCGCCGGAGGGCGGCAAGCAACCUGUGGAACUGUUCGAGCUGCGCAGUAACGGAUCCGCGCUCUGCACGCGCCUCGUGCAAGUGAAGGCUGAUGCGGCACAACUGAACAGUGCCUUCUGUUACAUCUUAAACGUGCCACUAGAGGGCGCCAACGACACUUCAUCGGCCAUAGUGUACGCGUGGAUCGGCAGCAAGGCCGACGCCGACUCCGCCCGCCUCAUCGAGCACAUCGCCGAACACAAGUUCAACAGUCCCUGGGUCAGCCUGCAGGUGUUGACCGAGGGCAGCGAGCCAGACAACUUCUUCUGGGUGGCGCUGGGCGGACGUAAAGAAUACGAUACCGACGCGGAUUUCCUCAACUACACAAGACUAUUCCGAUGCUCCAACGAGAAGGGAUAUUUCACUGUGUCUGAAAAAUGCACCGAUUUCUGCCAGGACGACCUGGCGGACGACGACAUCAUGAUCCUGGACAACGGCGACCAGGUGUUCCUGUGGCUCGGCGCCAAGUGCUCCGAGGUGGAGAUCAAGCUGGCCUACAAGUCCGCUCAGGUAUACAUCCAACACAUGAAGACCCUGCAGCCCGACCACCCGCGCAAGCUGUUCUUGACGCUCAAGAACAAAGAGUCUCGUCGGUUCACCAAGUGCUUCCAUGGCUGGGGCGAGCACAAGAGGCCUCCUGAGUAAAUUGUUCGAAAUAACACAAAACAGGUCUACAACAGUGGUUCUUAACCUUUAUAAAAGAACAUUCGACUAAAUUACUUUUAAAAUACUUAUAAUGAAUGUCAAAAAAUGUUUUGUAUUCGCAGAUCACUUUAGGGAGGUAUCAACUAUAAAAGAUUACCAGUGGUCAGUGGGGCAACGGUUACGAACCACUGCUCUGAAACAAAUGAGAGUGUUUCUGAUUUUGAAUAGCCAUUCAUUUCCCGAUUAUGUUCUCCAGUCCAUAUUCCGAAAACAGAGCUUUUAUAAAAUAUUAUUCGAAUAUUUGUCCUUCUUUCCUCCUCUGUCCUUCUGUCCUCUCUUUUUUUGUCCCGUCUUCAUUGUUCCUUUAAAUUCACAGUGUAGUACUAUUUAAACUAUUCUUAUUUCUUAAUUUUAAAGCAAAAAUGUAAGAAUUAUGAAAGCGGACAUAAGUAUUGAGAAUGGGAUAAUUUUCGUUGUAUAAUCGACAUGAUUUUUUACCCUUUUUUUACAUUGUUUCUGGUAUAGACUCUAUGUAUAUAUAUAUAUAUAUACUGUCUGUUAUAUAUAUAUAUAUAUUAUACUACGUCGGUGGCAAACAAGCAUACGGCCCGCCUGAUGGUAAGCAGUCUCCGUAGCCUAUGUACGCCUGCAACUCCAGAGGAGUUACAUGCGCGUUGCCGACCCUAAACCCCCCCCCCCCCCUCGUUGAGAUCCCGCCUAUCUAACAAUGUCCCUAAAUAUAAAGCGGCCUCAGUAUACAAGAUUAUAUGUCCACAGCAUACCACCAGCAACUGAGUUAAUAGUAAAGCAACCAAAGUUCCUUCUUCAACUGCAAUAGUUAUUUACGAUCAGGUGUGA